CCAACAGCAAAUCAUUUCCAUGCCAGGCGUGUUUUCAACAUUAGGCCGUUUUGUACUUAAGAGUCUUUAUCCUCCUGCUUUGGACGGUAAGCCUCAUAGAAGGUUGAUGUUUCUGUGUUUGCCCCUAGGGGACAGGAAGCUCUUUGUGGGCAUGUUAAAUAAGCAGCAGUCUGAGGAUGACGUGCUCCGUCUCUUUGAACCAUUUGGGGUCAUUGAUGAAUGUACAGUGCUCCGUGGACCUGAUGGUAACAGCAAAGGCUGUGCUUUUGUAAAGUUCUCAUCUCACACAGAGGCUCAGGCAGCAAUCCACGCACUCCAUGGCAGCCAGACAAUGCCCGGAGCCUCCUCCAGUCUAGUGGUGAAGUUUGCUGACACAGAUAAGGAGAGGACCCUGCGUCGUAUGCAGCAAAUGGUGGGGCAGCUGGGGAUAUUCACUCCAUCUCUGACCUUGCCGUUCAGCCCAUACAGCGCCUAUGCGCAGGCU